CCAGGGGAUUCAGAGAAAUUUUGAAGCAAAGCUUUUCAAUUCAAUCUCUUCAAGUUAGGCGAGAAAGAGAAAAUGUUGCCUGUUUCAAGAGGUUGACCUUUUCAUCCCUGUUCUCCGGUUGCCGAGUCAUGUCAUAUCUUCAGACUUCAGCAACUUUUUGUUCUGAAAACUGAUGAAAUUUGAAAGCUUCAUCAAAUUCAUUCUAGUGUAGCCACCAUCUGCACAGUCAGAACAGAAGCCAAGUAUAACACCCUACGUCCCUACCCAAGCUCGAGUUUGACUUUGACUUUGACCCCCGUGACCUGUCCCCGAUAUAGCAGCUUCGUCAGAAGCCAAAGCUCCAAGGCAAGGCUGCAGCAGCAAUGGCCUCCUUCCGUGCUCUGACAGCCUCCUCCUCCUCCUCCUUGUUCCUCGUGCUCCUCUUCCUCGCCUCCGGCGGGCAAGCGCCGCAGCAGCUCCGGGUCCGGGCGCAGCAGCCCUACGGCUCGGCGAUCAGCGACUGCCCCAACCAGCACAACGCCUCCGGCCUGCUCGGUUACUUCUGCGGCGCCGGCAGCGCGCCGUCCUGCCCGGCCUUCCUCACCUUCAACGCCCGCCCCCCGUACAGCAGCCUCGCCUCCAUCGCGGCGCUGCUCGGCGCCGACGCCGCGGGCCUCGCCGCGGCCAACGGGGUCGCGGCGGCCGGGGCGCCGCUCGCGGAGGGCACCCGGGUGCUCGUCCCGGCGACCUGCGCCUGCACGGCCACGCCGGAGGGCCGGUUCUACCAGCGGAACGCGACGUACGUCGUCAAGCCCGGCGACACGCUGCUCAUCAUCGCCAAAGACACGUUCGAGGGCCUGUCGUCGUGCCAGGCGCUCCAGGCGCAGGGGCUGCGCGGCGCCGCGCCGGAGACGCUCAACGCGAGCCAGACGCUUCCCGUGCCGCUGCGGUGCGCGUGCCCGAGCGCCGCGCAGGCCGCCGCCGGGGCGAGGUUCCUGGUGAGCUACCUCGUCGUUGAGUUCGACGACGUCAGCGCCGUGGCCGCGCGGUUCGGCGUCGACGUCGAGACCAUCAAGGAUGCCAACCGGCUCGAGCCGCCGUACACCAUACUCCCUAACACCACCCUGCUCGUCCCCGUCAGCGCCCAGCCUAACGUGUCGCGGAUCCAGACGCCGCCGUCGCCGCCGCCGCCGCCGCCGGUGGUAGCGCCUCUUCCGGCCAAGAAGAGCAGCAGCCAUGUCGGGGUUUACAUUGGCGUCGCGGUGGCGGUGCUUGCCGUCGCUGCAAUUGCCUCUGCCGGAGCUGUGCUUGCUCUGAAGGCGAGAAGGAGGCGAGCCGGCGCCGCUCUGGCCACCGGCGAGCUGGCUAAGAAGGACGGCAAAGGCAAAGGCAACGACACGAACACGACGUCGUCGGGUUUCACCGGCGGCGGCGAGUUCUCCCUUUCCACGAGCGAGGCGUUCUCGAGCCUCUCCGUGACGGACAUCAAGUCCUCGCUGAAGGUGUACACGUACGCGGAGCUCAGGGCGGCGACCGACGACUUCAGCCCGGACCGCCACAUCGGCGGGUCGGUGUACCGCGCGGCGUUCAACGGCGACGCCGCCGCCGUCGAGGUGGUCGACCGGAACGUGUCGACGGAGGUGGAGAUCAUGCGCAAGAUCAACCACCUAAACCUGAUCCGCCUCAUCGGCCUCUGCCACCACCACGGCCGGUGGUACCUCGUCACCGAGUAUGCCGAGCACGGCGCGCUCCGGGACCGCCUCCUCGCGGCCGGCGCGGGCGCGGCGGCGCCGCUGACCUGGGCGCAGCGGGUGCAGGUCGCGCUCGACGUCGCCGAGGGGCUCCUGUACCUGCACGAGUACGCGCGGCCGCCGUGCGUGCACAUGGACGUGAGCAGCGGCAGCGUGCUCCUCGCCGGCGACGGGCCCCGAGCCAAGCUCCGGAGUUUCGGCGCCGCGCGGGCCAUCACGGGCGCCACCGCCGGCGCCGAGGAGGCGCUGUUCACGAUGACGAGCCGCAUCGCGGGGACGCGCGGGUACAUCGCGCCGGAGUACCUGGAGCACGGCGUGGUGUCGCCCAGGGCCGACGUGUACUCGCUCGGCGUGGUGCUCCUGGAGCUCGUCACGGGGAAGGACGCCGAGGAGCUGGUUGGGGACGGCGUGGGCGACCCGUUCGCCGCCCUGCGGGAGCUGGCCGAGGAGCUCGACGGCGGCGGCGACGCCGUGCUGCAGAGGCUGGAGGAGCUCGUGGACCCCGCGCUGCCGGCGGGGAGCUGCCCGCAGGACGCCGUGGUCAUGAUGGUCAGGCUGGUCGAGAGGUGCGUCCGGCGCGACGCGGCGGCCCGGCCGAGCACCGGGGAGGUGGCGCGGCGCCUCCUGAACCUGUCGGGGGUCUCGGCGGUCAGCUGGCGGAACUCGCCGGAGUCGCCCCGGAGCUCCGGCAGCGGGAAAGGCCUAAUGUACUAGAUCAGCAGCAGCAUAGCCCAUUAGCCAUACCUGCCAUCGUGCGAAUUGUUGUUUCUUUUGUUUGAAAAUAGAAUUGUGCGAAUUGUGAAACUACCAAAAUGAAAUCCUGUACAAAUUUUCACUGUGAGAAGUGAGUUUGUUCUCGAAGAGGGAAAAAAUGGUUACAGUCGUAAUCAUUUGGCACAUCACCAGAUUUUAGUGUCA